UCUAAUAUGCUUACCAAUAACAAAUAUAGCUUAAUGAUCCUUUAAUUUAACAUACUGGCCUAUAUUAAAGUUUUUUUCUUCUAGUUCCCUAUUGAAAAGGGGUAACCAUAUUUUUUAGGGUAAGAUGGCAAGAGCUGUCCACAGAGAACAAACUGACAUCUCCAUGGAUUAUGCAAAUCUACCAGAUCCAUCAGCCUGCAGGCGCUCUGAUAUACACAAUGAAGUGCAUCAUUCUGCACCAGGGACAAAGAUGUACAAACUGGUUGCUGUAAGCUUUGGAUUCCUCUGUAUCCUACAAGUCGCUCUCAAUGUCUCACUGCGGCUUGGUUUCUACAAUCCAGACAUUUGCAAUAAUGGGACUGAGGAUUUAGAUAAACUAAGAAAACUGGCUGUUGACUAUUUCCAACAGGGAUGGGUGUAUUUCCAUCCCAGUUUGUAUUAUAUUUCAUUAAUCCGGAAAACCUGGCAGGAGAGUAGAGAGGACUGUCUGCGAAGAGGUGCAGACCUGGUGAUCAUUAAUACCAAAGAUGAACAGGAUUUCACAAGACAGUUUAACAAGUUCACAUGGAUUGGCCUAAAUGACAGCACGAAGCAAGGGGACUGGAAAUGGGUGGACGGGACUCCACUGACCAAAAGUUACUGGAGCCCAGGGGAGCCCAACAGAUUUGAAGGCAAAAAUGAAUCUUGUGUAGAGAUAAGGUUCCAUGAAACAGAAAACAGCUGGAAUAACGAACCAUGUGAUGCGCAGAACUUUUGGAUCUGUGAGAAAAAUGUGUAUCUUUAACUGAAGGUUUCAAGUCUUGCUAAACUGAAAUGUACAUGUUAAGUCUAAAAACAUAAAAUCAAAAUUCACAAUCAAUAAUUUGUGUGAUACAGUUUUAUUAUCAUGUUUUGUUUUUUUGGUUGUUUUUGUUUGUUUGUUUUUACAUGAUUUGCUUGUUGGUGAAAACAAUUGUUAUAAGACUUUACUAUUCUCUGUAAUUACUAAAUCAUAGUAUUUAUUACUGACAAGAAAAAGCUCAAGCAGUGAUGUUAGUCAGAGUAAAUUAAAAUAUUUGCCUAGUUUAAAAAGUGCUUAAAACAAAAAAAAAAAAAAGGAAAAAAAUGCUUUAUGGCAAAGAAGCUAAGUGUUUUAAGGUGAACAAAAGCUGAUGUUGUAAAUAGGCCCUCAC